GAGCUUCAAGAAACCAAGACUUCUGAAUACUUCAGCUUAUCUCACCACCCUUUAGACUACAGGAUAUUAUUAAUGGAUGAAGAUCAGGACCGGAUAUAUGUGGGCAGCAAAGAUCACAUUCUUUCCUUGAAUAUUAACAACAUAACUCAAGAACCUUUGAGUGUUUUCUGGCCCGCAUCUACAAUCAAAGUGGAAGAGUGCAAAAUGGCUGGCAAAGAUCCCACACAUGGCUGCGGGAACUUCGUCCGUGUAAUUCAGGCUUUCAAUCGCACUCAUUUAUAUGUUUGUGGAAGUGGCGCCUUCAGCCCAGUUUGUACUUAUUUGAACAGAGGAAGAAGAUCAGAGGACCAGGUUUUCAUGAUUGACUCCAAGUGUGAAUCUGGAAAAGGACGCUGCUCUUUCAACCCCAGUGUGAACACAGUGUCUGUUAUGAUCAAUGAGGAGCUUUUCUCUGGAAUGUAUAUCGAUUUCAUGGGGACAGAUGCAGCUAUUUUUCGAAGUUUAACCAAGAGGAAUGCAGUCAGAACUGAUCAACACAAUUCCAAAUGGCUAAGUGAACCUAUGUUUGUGGAUGCACAUGUCAUCCCAGAUGGCACUGAUCCAAAUGAUGCUAAGGUGUACUUCUUCUUUAAAGAGAAACUGACUGACAAUAGCAGAAGCACAAAACAGAUUCAUUCCAUGAUUGCUAGAAUAUGCCCUAAUGACACUGGUGGACUGCGUAGCCUUGUCAACAAGUGGACUACCUUCUUAAAAGCCAGGCUAGUGUGCUCAGUAACUGAUGAAGAUGGCCCGGAAACACACUUUGAUGAAUUAGAGGAUGUGUUCCUGCUGGAAACUGAUAAUCCAAGGACAACACUAGUGUAUGGCAUUUUUACAACAUCAAGCUCAGUUUUUAAAGGAUCAGCAGUGUGUGUGUAUCAUUUAUCUGAUAUACAGACUGUGUUUAAUGGGCCUUUUGCCCACAAAGAAGGGCCAAAUCAUCAGCUGAUUUCCUACCAGGGUAGAAUUCCAUAUCCUCGCCCUGGAACUUGCCCAGGAGGAGCAUUUACACCCAACAUGCGAACCACCAAGGAGUUCCCGGAUGACGUUGUCACUUUUAUUCGGAACCAUCCUCUCAUGUACAAUUCCAUCUACCCAAUCCACAGAAGGCCUUUGAUUGUUCGGAUAGGCACUGAUUAUAAGUACACAAAAAUAGCUGUGGAUCGAGUGAAUGCUGCUGAUGGUAGAUACCAUGUCCUGUUUCUUGGAACCAAUCGAGGUACUGUGCAGAAGGUGGUGGUUCUUCCUACUAACAGCUCUUCCAGUGGGGAGCUCAUUCUUGAGGAGCUGGAAGUCUUUAAGAAUCAUGCUCCUAUAACAACAAUGAAAAUUUCAUCUAAAAAGCAACAGUUGUAUGUGAGCUCCAAUGAAGGACUUUCCCAAGUGUCUCUGCAUCGCUGCCACAUCUAUGGUACAGCCUGUGCUGACUGCUGCCUGGCAAGAGACCCUUAUUGCGCCUGGGAUGGCCAUUCUUGCUCUAGGUUCUACCCAACUGGGAAGCGGAGGAGCAGAAGACAAGAUGUAAGACACGGAAAUCCGUUGACUCAAUGCAGAGGAUUUAAUCUAAAAGCAUAUAGAAAUGCAGCUGAACUUGUUCAGUAUGGAGUAAAAAAUAAUACCACUUUCCUUGAGUGUGCCCCUAAGUCUCCACAGGCAUCUAUCAAGUGGUUGUUACAGAAAGACAAAGACAGGAGGAAAGAGGUCAAGCUGAAUGAACGAAUCAUAGCCACUGCACAAGGACUCCUGAUCCGCUCUGUUCAGGAUUCUGACCAAGGACUGUAUCACUGCAUUGCAACUGAAAACAGCUUCAAGCAGACCAUAGCCAAGAUCAACUUUAAAGUUUUAGAUUCUGAAAUGGUGGCUGUUGUGACAGACAAAUGGUCUCCAUGGACCUGGGCCAGCUCUGUGAGGGCUUUACCCUUCCAUCCAAAGGACAUCAUGGGGGCAUUCAGCCACUCAGAAAUGCAGAUGAUUAAUCAGUACUGCAAAGACACUCGGCAGCAACAUCAACAAGGAGGAGAAUCCCAAAAGAUGAGAGGAGACUAUGGCAAAUUAAAGGCUCUCAUUAAUAGUCGAAAAAGUAGAAAUAGAAGGAAUCAGCUGCCAGAAUCAUAAUGUUUUCUUAAAUGGGGCUUAUGCUUCCAUUAGUAAAUGGCCUGUCUUCGAUGAUUAAAUUUUGAACAAAGAAUCUUAUGCUUUACCCAGGGGAAAUUCCUGAGAAAGGUGGUUACUCACUCCUACGGUGAAUGUUACAUGAACUGAAAUGAGCAUGCAUUUUCUUGUAUAAUAUUGACUAGCACUAGACAUGGCAUGGUCCUUAUGGUGCAUAUAAAUAUUUAACUUAACCUAGAUUUUAUUUAUAUCUUUAUUUACCUUUUGUUCAAAAUUAUUAUGGUGGCUGUAAAACUAGAUUCUAACAUCCCUUAAUUGAAUGAGGGCUAUAACCUGAUCUUCCUGCCUUGCUUUAAGGGUUUAACUUUCUAAUUGUCAAUCAUUUGUAGGAAAAGACAAAAGCCAAGUUCACAGUUCUUACAUAGAAAAGUUAUAUCGAUGCAUGUGACACAGUAGUUGUCAAAAGAAAUAUAGAACAGGAAAAAAAAAAGAAGGAAGAGAGAAUCGAAAAGUUGUAUAAAACAUGAGUGAUUCAUAAAAUGAUAAUGUGGAGUUUAUGUGCUUCUAGUGAAGUAUAUUUUUGGUUACUUUUAAGACGGUAAAAAAUUGUCAGUUGCUGAUAUCUGUUAUUGAUCUCUGUUCUCUUAUUUCAGGAAGAUAAAAAGGAACCCUUACUAUUAAUAUCUUUAAAUUGGUAUUAUAUCAGUGAAACAUUUAAUUUUAUAUUCUUAUGUUAUCAUCUUCCAGAAAAGAACUUUCUUUUUUGAAAGUUAUUUAAGUUAUUCUAGACUCAAAGAAUAUAUUACACAGUGUAAUUGAUUAAUGUGUUUAUUCUAAUUUUCUAGUCUUAUGGCAAGUUAAUUCAGAAGAAAAACUUUUUGAAAUAUCAAACUUGUAUAUGAGACCUGAAACCAUCAAAAUGAAAGGAAAAAAAAAAACAAAAAAAGGUAGAAAAUUCAAUUUUAUUGACAGAAAUUUAUUAAAGAUGUGACUAAUUUUUAAAUUUCAAUAAUUUCAAUGAUUAACUCACUUUUGUUUCUUUACCAACCUUAGAUAUCAUACUGAAUUUUAAGUCACCAAUUCAUUUUUUUGUGAAUUGUGUCAUAUAUGCUGAAGAGAUUCUCAUUUUGUGGAGAAGUGAAAAAAAUUCUAAUUUGAACAAAGUUAUUUUAUUUUAAAUGAAUGUUGGUACUUUAUGUUCACUGGUAUAUUAAUACAAACGUGGUAAGUUUGUGAAAAUAACUAUCUUCUGAUUGUAUGUUUGAAUCCUUUUAUUAGAAUAAUUUAAUAUUGACUUUUUUACUCCAAAUAACAAUUAAAUGGGAGAAAUAUGAAAAUUUUCUUUGAAUCCUCAUAUUUCUUUUAAAAACACAACUUUGGCUUUUUUACUUUAUAUACUUUUAAAGACAUUUUCAUGUUUCCAGGUGCAAACAGAAAUUAUAUAGCUAAUCAAAAUCUAGUACAAAAGUUUUAUAUGUAGUUAACAAUCCAUGAAGAAGUCUAAAGUGUCAAGAACUAAGAUUAUUGUCAAAAUGAAUGUAUCACUGACAGAAUCUAAGAAUAUGAUUUAUUAUUUAAGUGUUGGUAAAUUAUAAUCUUAUAAGAGGAGGCCUCAAUGGGGCAAAAAUAGCAGUUAACAUACAAAACAUUAAUGUUGUUUAUUCCAAAAAACUAUUGAAUAAAAACUAUUGUGUAUGAUUCUAAAGUAGUUUCUAAAGCAGUUUAUUAUACAAAUAGUUAUUUCUCUUCUCAUGCACAAAUAGAAAUGUGUAUAAAGCCAAAACCACCUUUUGUGUUUAUGGCCUAUCUAUUCUAUUUAUAGAGUUGAAAGUAAAAUUGUUUUAGACUCAGAGGAUAGGGUAAACUAUGCAAGUCCCCUUCCUUCAUGUAAAUGCCAACUGAUUGACAAUAAGGAUGUUUAGUUCUAUAACAUUAUUUGUGCUAUUUAAUACCUUCUACUUUGAACAUUAUUAAAUUGUAUAUACUUUUACUACUUUCCUUUUAAAAUUAUAGAAAUUCUUCUUGAACAACACUGCCAAAUGGAAAGAACAUUUUUUUCUGAAAAAUAUUGUUAACAUAUACUGAAUGUUGGUGGUUGAUUGGUUGCUUUUAUUUUGUGUAGUUUAACAGUUCAGUGACUUGAUAUGUUUUCCAUUUGGAUUGUACAUAAAACUUCGUAGAAAUGCACUUUUUUUUUUCAAAGUGUAGUUUUGUGAAUAGGUUUUAGCAUGAUGAAACUGUCAUUACAGUGAAUGUUCAUUCUGUGUAAGAAAAUGUAGUUAGCACAGUAAUAUUUAAUUAGAUAUUGGAGAAAUCAUGUGCCUGGCAAAAUAAAAUGUUGAAUUCCCCAA